GUAGCUCCAGCCUACGCGGAGGUAGACAGUUCGAGCUGUGCCACCGUCCACCUGUACGAAGCCGCUGCUCAUCUGCGACCUCCACUCGGUCUCUCCUGUCACCAUGGACGAUUCUUCAGAGCAGUCCCACUGGGUGUCUCCAUCUCUGCUCAGCUCAGACCCUCUGGCCAGUUUCUCCUCUGAUCCCGGCCUGCUGCCUCCAGGAGAGGAGGCUGAGCCCUUCUUCACCGGCCAAGACACCGACUACACCAGCCUGCCCUCUUUCUUCUCCAACCCGAGCCACGGCCGAGCUCCAUCCACCUACAGACACAGCUCGGUUCGGCAGGUGUUCACCUCACCGAGUCUCCUGAGCAACUUCCAGCUGCUGGACGUACCGCCCACCUACUCCCUGAGCUCCCCCUACAACCCUCCGGCCUCCACCUGGAGCAGCAGCCCCCUGACCAAGACCUCGCUGCACUCGCACAACCCGACCUCCCUGUACACCCCUGGAGUGUCCUCCUCCUUCACCAACUCCAGAGAUGGGUACUCGUCUCCAAGCAGAGAGGGCAGGGAGGAAAGUCCCCGGCUUCAGGAGGCCCUGAAGGCGGAGCGUCUGAGCCCGCUGGGUGGGUCGGGGGCAGGCAGCAGCUUUCUGAACCUGACUCCUGCGGCUGGGAGUGUGUACACUCCGACAUCCCACUCUCACAUGCUGGGCCCCUACAGCUCAUACAUGGGCGGCCCGCAGGAUUACGGCUCUGCUUCUCUCUACUCCAGCCCCGGAGCAUGGAUCAGCCCGUCGUACUCCCCCAAACUCCGCAACAAGAUGAGGAUAUCCACUCCAGAGGCCAGAGAGUGCGUCAACUGUGGAGCCACAGCUACCCCUCUGUGGCGCCGGGAUGGUACAGGCCACUACCUGUGUAAUGCCUGUGGACUGUACCACAAGAUGAACGGCCAGAACAGACCUCUAAUCCGGCCCAAGAAGAGACUGAUUGUCAGCAAGCGUGCAGGAACCCUGUGCGCCAACUGCCACACGAGCACAACAACACUGUGGAGACGCAACGCCAGCGGAGAGCCUGUGUGCAACGCCUGUGGACUCUACUACAAACUGCACAACGUGAACCGGCCUCUCACCAUGAAGAAGGACGGCAUUCAGACACGCAACAGAAAAGUCUCCAACAAGAACAAGAAGAGCAAGAAGGCCGCCUUGCUGGAGCCGUACUCGGAGGUGACCCAGCCCACCUCCCUGGACGACAACGGCGGGCCCUUUUCUCUCGGCCCCGGGACUCUGCUGACCUACAGCCACAUGCCUCACCUCGUCCCCACGCCGUCCCCCCUGCACCCCUCUGCCAGUUUACCCUACACACACCACCUCAACACUGGCAUGGUGCCCACACUGGUGUGACGUGACAGAUCAGGCACUUGCAUACACUCAGGAAUCAGCACACUCGCUCGCUUGCUUGUUUGCCAGUUUGUUUGUUUUUUUUACAUGGAUUUGUACAUAUGUGAUUCUACACUGGAUUUCUUUUUGUUCUCACUGUAUUUUAUUAGAAAACAUAUUUUGUUCAUAUUGUCUUUAUUAGGCCACUUGUUUGAAGUCCGAUAAAUCACUCCGCUGAGGUUUGCUGCACUUGUAAACACACUGAUAGGGGAAUUCUUACAGCUGUAAAUACAAACAGGAAUCUGAUUUGACUGCGUGACGAACACCUCCUUUGUUGUCGAAAAUGUGAAACCUUACUUUAGCUUUGCGUUUGGUGGGUCUGUUUUGUAUUUGCAUAAGUGAUAUUACAAUAUUAAAACUCUACCGUGAAAAUAAUAAAAUGAGUUUUGUGACUUA